ACACCAAUCCCUUACCAUCUCCACCCCAUCUCAGUAACUCUAACACAAAUGUCAUAUAAUGGAAUCGGUUUGCAGACCGCUAAAGGUUCUGCGACCAACGGCCAUGUCCAGCGAAACAUUAGCUCUAUCAAAGCCAGCCACAAAGAAGAUGCCUCCCAGGGCCACUACUCCAAGAGACGGAUCCACGAGGCAGCCUCAGGCGCCAGGUCCAGAAAUGUGACGCAGAGUUCUGUUAACUAUUCUUUGAGUACUGAAAUCCUAGACCACGAGAAGAAGCGGGAGAUAGAAGUGAAGUGUGCGGAGCUUCGAGACCGCUUGGAAGAUGACGACGGUAACGAGGAUGAAUACAUUGACUCCCAGGUGAGCGCUCUAAGACAGAAGUUGACAGCGAAGCUAGAAGAGCGAAAGGCGAAUGUAGCCAGGAAGCAAAGUCUCUCUCACAGCAAAGCCCACCAUUCAGCUGAGGCCCAAGAGGCGGAAAAUGCCAGGCUUCGCAAGGUCUUCCAGAUGGCGGAUGAGCCCCUGAGGCCUAAUCCGUAUGAGAAGUAUAACUACAGAUCUAGAGAUGAAAGGACAGAAGGGCAGAGGCUCGGGAAUGAGAGACAGUCAAGUCCACGGAGAGGGUCCAGAGAAGAAUAUUGGGAGAAAGACUUAAGGGAAAGAAGCCCACAGAGAGAACAAAGGUCCGGAAGUCCAUUGAAAGAUUCGACUUCCAAAAGUCCUAUUAGGGAGUGAUCUACAGGAAUACACUAAAAAAACAUAUGAAUUCAAACAGAGAAACUCUAGAUUAAGACCCUUCAAGCUCGUAAGGAACAAUCUAUAGGAAUGGCGCCAGACUGACGAUAGAUUUCUUACAUUGAAGCCUUAACAGGUGAUCUUUGUCACUGGCGUUUUAUUUUUGCUGAAAGUGCCACAUGGGGAUAUGUAGCAAACCACUUUGCAACCCCAUGGAUACACCAAACUUCAUCAGUCCAAGCAACCGUGGGUUUAAUAGCCCUGAGCUAAUAUAUAUACUGGCCCUCAC